AUAUGAGCCCCGAAGGGCCUUGUACCUGUCAAACCAGUCUGACCGGCUGAGUUCUAAGACAAAUAAAACCUCCUGUUCGAGUGACUCGUGAUCAGCGUACUUCAGCGUCUAUUGCGUGCUGAACCAACUUACGUGUACAUCAUCGUAGUGAGACCACAACUGAUCAUCUGUAUUACCACACAAUAAACAUUCGCGAUGUUUAAGGGUGUAGAAGAGCACAACAGUGACGAGACAACACCUCUUGUUCCGGGUCAGUCGGGCACAAACGAUGUCUCGACAGCGAUUCAGAACAUGAAACGAAACUCACAAACGUACAAGGGACAGAAGACGAUUCACGAGACGGUUCAGAACACAGCUCUGUUCAGCACGAACGUGGCGCAGUUAGUCGCGAUACUGAGGGAAAACCAGGACGUGUCGAGUCUCACCACUAUGCAGAUGGCGCGACUGGUCCUCCUCGGAGCGUCUGUCCUGUUCCAGGUCGUCAUUUACAUACUGCUCCUGCUGCAGGGGAAGACAUUGGUGAAGAAGGAACACGAAUAUACCCUCCCGGGACAGAGACAGGAGGACAAACAGAAGUUGAGGACGAAGAACAAAGCCGCCAUUGUGUUUUCUGUACUCGUGCUGGGCGCAAACUUCGCCCUGACUCAGCUGACUGAGUCGUGAACAUCAAAUACGCUAUCUGUUGUGUAGAUGAGAGACGAGAUGAUGUCUUGUGAUAAUUAAUUAAUGUGUUUACUUCCGGAGAAGGAGAUAUAUUUCUGCGGUGAGACAUUGUUUUGAUUUUUGUUUGUGUUCGCAGCUAGUUGCCACGGAGGGCUCGGCGAAUUUCUUUAAUUUUAGUUAUUGGGGUCCAGAUGAUGUGUUUUUUAAUG